AUGUCAUAUAGAACAUCUUUCCUCAACUAUAUUCCUCCAACUUUACCAUGGAAGGUCAAUGAACCAGUUCAGCCUUCUGAGGUCCUAACACGCCAAAGAAGUGGGCUCAUUGGCACGUUUGGGCAAUCUGAAGAGCUACGCUGUGUAAUUGUUGUAAUUAUACUUGGUGAUAGAACUCCGAAACAGAAAGUAAAGUUGAAAGUUACUGAGGAAAAGCUGUUGAAUUUGAUGUUAAAAUACAAUGGGGGAAGACCCAGAUUUGAGACAAAACUUAAAAGUGUUGUUCAAUUGCAAGAUUUCUUAGAUGCAACAGCCAACAAGAGCUUUGGUACCACGAAUUAG